AUGAGUGGAAACCCUGCUAAGGGUGGUGGCAUGGUAGUUGGAUAUGUUGCAAGGUUUCAAGGCUUUGCUAAGGAAACACAUGUACAAGCAGUGAAGAGAAUUCUUAAGUAUCUUAAGGUUAUAAUGAGUUUUGGUUUAUGGUAUCCUAGAUGUUAUAAUUUUACACUAACUACCUAUCCUGAUGCAGAUUGGGGAGGUUCAAUAGAUGAUAGAAAAAGCACGAGUGGAGGUGCUUUCUUUGUUGGUGGCUGUCUUGUUUCUUGGCUUAGAAAAAAGAACUCUUCUAUUUCAUUAUCCAUAGUUGAAGCAGAGUAUAUUGCAACUGUAUCAUGUUGUACUCAGGUUAUUUGGAUGAAACAUACGUUGCAGGAUUUUAAGGUUGAGUAUGCUGAACCAAUUUCUAUUUUAUGA